AUGGCGCGUGACAUUCAGCUUCCCUGCGACGGCGACGGAGUAUGCAUGCGAUGCAAGACCAAGCCUCCGCCGGAAGAAUCUCUCACGUGCGGCACGUGCGUCACUCCCUGGCACGUGUCCUGCCUUUCUUCUCCUCCCGAAACCCUUGCUUCCACUCUACAGUGGCAUUGCCCUGAUUGCUCAGGCGAAAUCGACGAUCCUCUUCCUGUUUCCGGCGUCGCGGGGUACGAAGCCGUUGGGUCUGACCUCGUAGCAGCGAUUCGUGCGAUUGAGGCGGAUGAGUCUUUGACUGAUGCAGCGAAGGCUAAGAAGAGGCAAGAGUUACUCAGCGGUAAAGCCGAUGGGGAUGUGGUUGAAGAUGAAGACAAGAAAAAGAGUAAUGGAGGUCUCGAUGUUGAUGUUUUGGCUGCUCUCGGAGAAAACUUGAACUGUUCGUUCUGUAUCCAGUUGCCUGAAAGGCCCGUCACGACACCGUGUGGGCACAACUUUUGCUUGAAAUGUUUUGAGAAGUGGAUUGGUCAAGGGAAGCGCACUUGUGCAAAAUGCCGCAGCCCAAUCCCCAACAAAAUGGCGAGCAAUCCUCGUAUCAACUCUUCCCUUGUGUCUGCUAUUCGAUUGGCAAAGGUCUCUAAAAGUGCUGCUGCGGGCACUGCAAAAGUUUUUCAUUUCAUAAGCAACCAAGACCGUCCAGAUAAAGCAUUCACAACUGAGCGUGCUAAAAAAACCGGGAAGGCAAAUGCUGCCAGUGGCAGGAUAUAUGUGACAAUACCACCUGAUCACUUUGGUCCUAUACCAGCUGAAAAUGAUCCUGUCAGAAAUCAAGGAGUUUUAGUUGGAGAAUUCUGGGAGGACAGGCUGGAGUGUAGGCAGUGGGGGGCUCACUUCCCACACGUUUCUGGUAUUGCUGGACAAUCACAUUAUGGAGCUCAAUCUGUGGCACUCUCUGGAGGUUAUGAGGAUGACGAAGAUCAUGGAGAAUGGUUUCUAUACACAGGAAGUGGAGGAAGAGAUCUCAGUGGCAACAAAAGGACUAACAAGGAUCAGUCUUUUGACCAGAAGUUUGAAAAGUCAAAUGAAGCUUUACGACUUAGUUGCAAAAUGGGGUAUCCUGUUCGAGUUGUCAGGUCUCACAAGGAGAAGCGUUCUGCAUAUGCCCCUGAGGAAGGAGUGAGAUAUGAUGGGGUUUACAGGAUUGAGAAGUGCUGGCGAAAAGUUGGAAUACAGGGCUCUUUUAAGGUCUGUCGUUACCUGUUUGUUAGGUGUGACAAUGAGCCAGCUCCAUGGACCAGUGAUGAGCAUGGAGAUCGUCCUAGACCUUUGCCUACUAUUCCAGAGCUUAAGAUGGCAACAGACCUGUUUGAGAGAAAGGAAAUUCCAUCAUGGAAUUUUGAUGAAGGUGAGGGUCAAUGGAAAUGGAUGAAGCCUCCACCUGCUAGUAAAAAGGCAGUUAAUGUUUUGGAUCCUGAGGAGAGGAAGACUAUGAGGAAAGCCAUAAAGGCAGCUCACUCGAAUACUGUGAGGGACAAACUUCUGAAAGAAUUUAGUUGCCAAAUCUGUCGUCAAGUGAUGACUCUUCCUGUGACAACGCCUUGUGCUCAUAACUUCUGCAAGGCAUGCUUAGAGGCUAAGUUUGCUGGGCAAACUUUAGUGAGAGAGAGAAGCAGAGGUGGACGGACACUACGGGCACAGAAGAACAUCAUGAACUGCCCUAGUUGCCCCACUGACAUUUCUGACUUUCUCCAGAACCCUCAGGUGAAUAGAGAAGUAAUGGAGGUGAUAGAGAAGCUGAAGAACAAGGAAGAGCCUCCAGAGUCUACUGAAAACUCUGCGAGUACUGACCCUGAAGAAGAAACUCCGGUGGUGACUGAAGAAGCUCUACAACCAAGGAAAAGGACCAAACUGGACACUGACACUGUGGUUUCUGCUACUGUGGUGGAAUCCGGCACGAAGUAG